GUCACUCGCGGAACCAUGGACCGACUCCCGUGGAAACUUUUUCUCCUUUGUUGCCUGGCCACCUCGGAGAGCUCCGCGCAAGACUUGGGACAGACGCAGUUUAUUUGCAAGUCGGUGCCCAAGGAUAUGGACUUGUGCGCGGCCACCAUGCAGAACAGCGGCCCGGCGGAGGACCUGAAGACCACCGUUAUGCAGCUGCGGGAGACCGUGCUGCAGCAAAAAGAGACCAUUAUGAACCAGAAGGAGACCAUCAAGGAACUAACGUCCAAGUUGAGUCGCUGCGAGAGUCAGAGCUUCCCGGCCGCGGCGGGGCCCGGCGGGAGGCGGCCGGGCGCAAAGAACACGAUGGGGGAUAUCUCACGGGGCACCGCAGAGACCCUGGCCCAGCUGGGACACACUUUACAGACUCUCAAACAGAGACUGGAGAACCUCGAGCAAUACAGCCGAGGGAAUAACACCGUGCAGGCGAACAGUCUGAAGGAUCUGCUUCAAAACAAGAUAGACGACAUGGAGAAGCAGGUUCUGUCUCGGGUCAACACGUUAGAAGAAGCCAAAAGUGGCUCCCGUAACGACAGCGAGCAACGGAACCGCGUAGAGUCCACGCUCACUUCGCUGCACCACCGCAUCACCGACCUGGAGAAAGGCAAAGAAAACAGACCCACUGAUAAGUUCCAGCUGACGUUCCCCCUGAGGACCAACUACAUGUACGCCAAAGCCAAGAGGACUCUGCCCGAGAUGUACUCCUUCACCGUGUGUCUGUGGAUCAAGUCCAGCGCCUCACCAGCGGUGGGGACACCCUUUUCCUACGCUGUCCCGGGUCAGGCCAACGAGCUGGUGCUGAUUGAGUGGGGAAACAACCCGAUGGAGAUUCUCAUUAAUGACAAGGUCGCAAAGCUGCCGUUCCUGAUCAAUGAUGGCAAAUGGCAUCAUCUUUGCAUCACGUGGACCACCCGAGAUGGGAUGUGGGAGGCCUUCCAGGAUGGCGUGAUGAGGGGGAGUGGUGAAAAUCUGGCACCCUAUCACCCAGUCAAACCGGAAGGUGUGCUCGUCCUUGGACAGGAGCAGGAUACACUAGGAGGAGGUUUUGAUGCCACACAAGCUUUUGUUGGUGAGUUAGCCAACCUGAACAUGUGGAAUAGGAAACUGUCCAUCACCGAAAUCUACAACUUGGCAACCUGCAACAGUAAAGCACCGGCUGGCAAUGUCUUCUCUUGGAUGGAGAGCAACAUUGAAAUAUUUGGAGGAGCAACCAAGUGGGCCUUUGAGCCUUGCCGUUCAGCCAACUGAACUGAAGUGAAGCCAUGGAGAAAAGGCCUCUGUGUAUUUCGGAGUUUUUGUUGUUCUCGUCUUCAUUUGAUGUAUGUUAGAGGCCAUUUGAUCUUGAGUUUAGUUGUAAGCUUCACUCUGGGAUUUCAAAGUAUUCUUGUGCUGAACAACAGUUUUCAUCCUGGAGGGGUCGGGGGAGGGGGGUGGUUG